UGGAGCUCAGAAGCGGGCUCGCUCUCCGCGGUCACGAGAGCACAGGGAGCGUGACGUCACUUUCCUAAACCGGGCAGCAGCAGGCUCGCGGAGUUGAGUCCCGAGCGCGAGAGCAGCAGGAGUCCAUGAACGGCUCAACUUUUAAUGUAUGUGGGCCGAGUGGAGCCAGUGAGAAGCGUCGGGUUGUUUUCUCCCUCUUCGGGCUACUAGCCUCGCUGCGGCUCGUUGUUCUCGGCGGCUAAUUUCUGUUUUUGUCUCAAAGAAGAAGAAGAAAGCCGUUGUGUCUUUCAUGUGUCCAGCAGUCCUGUGAGUCCACAAAACACAGCAGGCCUCAGCAGAGCAAUCGACUGACUGCAUGGAUCAGACUGAACAUGAAGAGCCUUAAAGCCAAGUUUAGGAAAACUGAUGUCAAUGAGUGGAACAAGAAUGACGAGCGCCUGCUGGCAUCAGUGGAGCACGGCGAGUUGGACAAAGUGGUGUCCCUUCUCAGUAAGAAAGGUGCCAAUGCUGUGAAGCUGGACAGCGAGGGCAAAUCAGCUCUUCAUGUUGCAGCUGCUCGUGGCCAAACGGAGUGUCUGGCUGUGAUUUUGUCCCAUGGAGCUGACCUGUCAGUCACCGAUGCUGCUGGUUUUUCUCCUUUACACCUGGCUGCCAAAAACAACCAUGUGGAAUGCUGCAGGAAGCUCAUUCAGAACAAGUGUCCCGUUGACACCAUGGACAGCUUGGGGAGAACUGCUCUGCAUCAUGCUGCUGCUGUUGGGAACGUCCAGAUUGUCCAACUGCUGUGUGAAGUCAAAAGUCCCAUCAACCUAAAAGAUACAGAUGGCAUUACUCCCUUGAUGUUGUCAGCCAGACAUGGUCACAAUGAAGUCUGCAGCAAUUUGCUCGACUGUGGAGCUGAAAUCAACACUUCUGGCAACACCGGCAGGACAGCCUUGAUGCUUGCCACCGAGUCCAGCUCCGUGUCGGUGGUGGAAGUUCUGGUUCAGCGAGGAGCAGACGUGUUUGCUGUAGAUUCAGAAGGAAACGAUGUGUUUCACUUUGUCCAACUAUCAGCAAACUCUGAAGCAAAACCUGCCCUGUUGGCUGCUCUGGACAGGCAUCUGCAUUUAGAUACUAAAUCUCCUAAAAGUCCUCCGCAUGAUCAAGUAGCUAAGCUAAGUGAUGAGCGGAUCACAACUCCCAAAAAACGAAAAGCACCUCCACCUCCUAUUAGCCCACUGCAGAGUUCUGGACCAUCUUCCCCCUCUGUUGUUACAUCUACCAGCACUCCUGCAUCCAGCAAAGGAGAUACUCCCAAGAGAUUCAACUAUACGGAGGAUGACUUCACUGGAUCAGCCCUGAAAGAAGAGGUGGAGAAGCUCCACGAGGAGAGGAACAUGCUGCUGGACACAAUCGAAGACCUGAAGCAGACGGUGGAGACGGUGACUAGUCCUGAGCUGGAUAUCAAGGUCGAGCAAACAACGUCUGCAGCUCUGGUUUCGGCCCUGCAAGCCAAAAUUGCGGCUCUUACUUUGGAGAAACAAGAACUCACAAACAAACUCAAGAAACAUUCGUCUCAACAAAGAAAUGAGCUAAAGGAGGUCAGUCGUCCAAACAGCAUGGCCUCCAACAACUCCUUCCACUCCACCCAGGAUGAUUUUGAUCCUCAGUCCUCCUCUACAAUCCAACUGGAAGGGGGAGACCAUCCAGGAGACGUUUCUGUUAAACCCCAGGAAGAGGAGAGUGGAGGAAGGAGCAACAAGGAGAUCCGGCUGUUGAAACAAGCUCUAGAAAGCCUCCAGAUAAAACUGCUUGAAACCAGGAAGGAAAACCAGUUGCUCCAGGCUCAGGUGAAACCCGAGGAUGGAAAUGUCAAAGAGAGAGAGUUGAUGGAGAGUUUAGCUGAGCUGCAGGCCAAGCUGACAGACACUCAGGAGAGAUACCAUCAGGCUUUGGAGGAGGUGGAUGAUCUGAAGGUGCAGAUGGGAGGAGGAGAAGCUGAGCUGACGGAGAAGCAGUCACCUUCUGCACUGGACCUUGAGGUAAAACAGCUGAAAACUCAGCUCAUCCAGCUGGAGUCAGAGAAAAAUGAAGCAGCUCAACAAGUCAGACAGCUGGAGGAGGCGCUGAGGAGAAUGGAGGAGAGCAGACGGAUGGAGGAGGAGAAGGAACUGAGGGCAGCACAGAUAGAUGAGCUGUACAAGGAGGCACAAGAGGAGAUCAGGAUGUUGCAGGAGGCUCUGAAGGGCACGGUGCCUGUUGAAUCUGCUGCCAGAGACUUUGAGGAGAUGAAGACGGAGCUUAACGAGGUCAUUGCUGGGCAGCAGCAGCGUUUACUGGAACUGUCACACUCCUACAGUGAGACCAAGAGUCAGCUGAAUGCCACCCAGAAGCUGCUGGCUGAGGCUUCGUCUACCUCUUCAGAGAAGCAGGACCUGAACAGCAGAGCGGAGGAGCUGCAGAUGCUGCUAGAUGAGAUGGAGAAGAAGUACGCGGCUGCACAAGAGGACGUUAAACACCUGAAGGAGGAGGUCGAAGCUCAGACUCAGAGCUCUGUGACCCUGACUGAUCACACACAGGUGGUGUCGUCUCUGGGGAAUGCCAUCCAGGAGCUGGAGAGUGAGUUAGAAGCCGUGAGACAGCAGCUGCACCAAAAAACCAUGCAGGUGGAAGCUCUUCAAAAGAGCCUGACUUCUGAGAAAGACGUAACUUCAGAGGACUCUGUCUCCCAUCUGGAGCAUGAGAACAUGCGGGAGCAGCUGGAGGGAGAAGUGAACCACCUCACGCAGCUCCUUCAGGGCGCUCUGAGGAAGCAGGACGAGAUGGCUCUGGAGGCGGCUGAUGCGUGGCAGAAGGCAAGGGAUAAUCGUGCAGAGCGGGAAGCCCUGCAGGAGCUGCUGAUGACGAAGGAGAAGGAGAACCAGACGCUGAACUCCAAACUGGCUGAGUCCCAGGAUGCUGUGUGCCAGCUCAAACAGCUGGUGGAGAAUCACGUUAACUCUGAGAGAGAGAAGAACAAGAGGAUAGAUGACUUGUCUCGGGAAGUAGGAAAGCUAAAGGAUGCCCUGAACAGCCUGUCGCAGCUCUCCUACAGCUCCUGCUCCCCCUCUAAGAGACAACAGCAGAGCCAGCAGCUGGAGACGCUGCAGCAGCAAGUCAAACAGUUACAGUACCAGCUAGCUGAAUCAAAGAAGCAGCAUGAUGAAACAGUGUCUGUCUACAGGAUGCACCUCCUCUAUGCUGUUCAGGGUCAGAUGGACGAGGAUGUCCAGAAAGCCCUGAAGCAGAUUCUGAAAAUGUGCAAGGUGCCAAGCCAAGCCAGGGAGGCCUGCUGAGACACAACCGGAGCAGCCCCACAAACCCCACACUCACUGGAGACACACUGUGCCUGUGGUUUAAACCCAGAGUAUUUCUUUGUAAGGAAUUGGCUUAUUUUAUUGCCUUUGCUGAGGUCCUUUUGAACCUUUAAACUCUUCUACCCCAAACACACCUGGUGUCAUAAUGAAUUCUGUACCCCUAACACUAACUUGUCUGGGAAAUUAGUUCAACAGCUCUCAUACGAACUACAUGUUCAUCCAACUCAACAUCUUCCUUUUCACAUUUCACUGAAUGUAAUAUCAGCUCAGAAAAACACUAAUUCACAUUUCUGCCCUCAACAAAGAUGACAUGUUAGUAGAAAAACGAGCCACCCUGAGUUUGAAUCAAUCUCUAGCUCCAUCCAAACACUAAAAGGACAUUUCAGCUGCAAGUUUAAGGGUAAAAAGGAACAAAUCAGAUGUUCAGAUACAGAUCUAAUGUCCACACCAGUUGUAAACGGGGCAGAAAUAUUACUGAUGUUAUGGUUAAAGAUGUUUUAGUGAAACUACAUCUCAGUGUGCAGCCAAAUAAAUGCAGAAACCAGCUUACUCUGUGCGUUCACAGCCAAAUUUACACUAUGCACAGAAACAUCUAUUUUAGUAACAUCUGUGUGUGUGAUGCCAUACAAACAUGCUGGAUUCGUGCUGUUAUUAGCCAUGUUAAAAACAUCAGUGUUAAUUUGAAUGUGAACUUGUCAUGGCCGGUUUGUGUCCCUUUGAUUGAAUACAACCUAAAUACUUUGUCGUAGCACUUCCUUUUGUUAAGUAAAAUGAAAUGUUUUCUAGGUUACUGUAACCUAAUGACGAUGUUCAUUAGCCGAGGAGCCUUUUGUGUGACAAAGCUCUAUAAUUUUUCUUGUUACUCCCAAAAUUAGAGACUGAAUUUAAUAAAUUACUGUAGUUAGGUUUAAAAAAGGAAAACAUUUCUGUUGAGACGAAUGCCUAACAGUAUGUGCUGAUUAUUUGUGUCUUUAUUUUGUUAGGUUUUCACCAACAGUUUUGUCUUUUGUUUGCAUCUUUGUACUUGAACAGCAUGGGGAUCGUUGUCUGAUGUGAGUUCUCCUGCCACAUGCCUGUAAACUGAUUUAAUAUCAGACUUCGUACCAUCUCAGUAACUUAUUUACUACAAACCUUUUCUUUUUUAUCUGGUUUGUGUUUCUGUAACACUAACGUUUCAAGCAGUGCUCCUCUGUAGGAACACAUUUACACUGUAUGUUGUUCAAACACCCGUACAUAUUUUAGAAUCCGUUUUAAACUUAGUCCUUUUGUAAGUGUCUUCUGGAAGCUUCCACUCUGCACUCCUUUUGCCUUAGCGCCAUACUUGGAUCCGUAACACACACACACACACUAAAACGGUUGGAUAUGAGGCUGAAUAAAUGUAUUUGUGUCUGAGGGAUUCACUCAGGUAACAUCAUAAACGUCCUUUCCAAGCCUCGACUGAAGUGUUUUGUACCGUGAAAGGGAAACCUGAGAAACAGCUUUUCUCUUUGUUGUUUCUUUACUGACAGUUUUGUAGAGACAAGCAAAUGUUGCCAACUGUAUUUUGCCCAAUUUAUAAAAAUUUCAAAAUACUGUACCAUCA